CAACUACCCAUCCUUGUUUUUUAUACCACUCAGAGGGUAAGAAAAUUCUAGGAACCCUAAGACUAACCCUCUCCACCUCCACUCGCUGCCUGGGGCCCAGCUCUACAGUGACUGACACCAGCAGUGAGCACCUAGCCUCCUUACUCACCGCCAGGCCGGAAGUCAUGAGCCCGCUGGGCCCUGCAGCUGAGAAACUUCCCAUUUAUGGAGUACUCGCAGAGCACUAAUCACAGAAGCAGACUGUCCCUGGUGAAACACUCCUGCCCUCCAUCCUCCACCCUACCAGGCAUUUUCAGUCUGUCCUAGGCAAGACAGAUGAACUCGCAGCCAGGAUGCCUCAAAGCGGGCAAAGAUGCGUCCAGAGAAAAAUCAUAAUCAUUCAGGGUGUGAAGAUGCUAGCAUCACCUUGGCCAGAUCCAAGAGGUCUUCCUGGAAGAGGGCCCAAACUAGAUCCUAAAGAAUGCUGUCAGUAGUUGGUAUAGAAUUGUGAAUUUUAGGCGAGGUGAGAGUCCAUACGAUAAGCAAACUAAGGGGACAGUAAGGGCUAGGGCUGUAAGAGGGACCCUGGACUUCCUGAGAAAGGGGCGCAGGAACACAAGCAAUAGCCAGAGCCAUAGAGCUGGAGAGGGUAACGGAGGAGGGGGGAAUGAUCUGUGAGAAAUGUUGGGACCCAGCCUGUGGUAAGCAAGCUGACAGAGCGGUCCCAGAGUUUAAAAGGAAAAUCAGCCAGGACAAAGGAUUUAGAAAGAGCCUGUGGGAGUGGGUGUGAUGCCCACAGGAGCAGAGCUGAGGCAUUCCCUAACAAUCAGUCCCCGGAGAAAGGGCUCCCCCUUAGGCUCCCUUACCCUUCCUGCCUGGCCCAGCCUAUCCCCACCUCCCUGGUGGAGGGGCCCUGUUGAUGACACACUGCCAGCAUCCUCACACCCAGCACUAAUUGCAUACCGUUCCCUCUCCCAGCAAGCAGGAGCCUAGGGAAGUGGCCGAGGGGACAUAGUACAGUCCUGGGACACUGGCAUCUUGGCUUGGGGAAGACUCAAGCACCUUUCACUCCACGCCCUCUCCAGAGAUUGGGGAAGGGGCUCCAGAGAUUCUCAUCCUUGCUUGCUGUUCUCCCUCUGGGCCUGCCUUCCCCAGUGUAAACAAUCACUGGGUCCCACCAGCGUUAGGCCCAGUGGAAACAGUGAGGCAGGGAAUGUUGAUUUCCCCUCCCAUGCCUCUCCAUCACCUGGCGUCUGCCUCUCCCUGCUCCUCUCCUUCUCCAUAGCCAGCUCGAAACCUUCAGCCUGAUAUCCUCAUCGUUGUCCUGCUCCAGACCUUUCACCUCCUAGGGGUAUUUGAAACUUGAAAGUGGACAGAGAUUUAAGGUAGAAGAAUGUUCCUCAUGGUGGAACGCUUCAGAAUGCUGGAGGGAGGACUUGAAGAAGCAGAUGCUACACUGCUGAAGAAGCCAGAGAAACUGUUGGCAGGGUUGGACUGGGGCGGGCCACCCCCUGCCCCGGGGGCCCCCAGACGAAGAGGAAGUAUGCCUGUCCCCUACAAGCACCAGCUGCGGCGGGCCCAGGCUGUAGAUGAACUUGACUGGCCACCUCAAGCCUCAUCCUCUGGCUCCUCUGACUCCCUGGGCUCAGGGGAGGCAGCCCCCACCCAAAAGGAUGGCAUAUUCAAGGUCAUGCUGGUGGGGGAGAGCGGCGUGGGCAAGAGCACCCUAGCAGGCACUUUCGGUGGUCUCCAGGGAGACAGUGCUCACGAGCUGGAGAACCCAGAGGACACCUAUGAGAGACGCAUCAUGGUGGAUAAGGAGGAAGUGACUCUAGUUGUUUAUGACAUCUGGGAACAGGGGGAUGCAGGGGGGUGGCUGCAGGACCACUGCCUUCAGACGGGGGAUGCCUUUCUCAUCGUCUUCUCGGUCACCGAUCGACAAAGCUUCUCCAAAGUUCCAGAGACCCUACUACGGCUCAGGGCUGGGAGGCCCCAACAUGACCUGCCUGUCAUCCUCGUUGGAAACAAGAGUGACCUGGCCCGCUCCCGGGAGGUCUCACUGGAGGAGGGCCGCCAUCUGGCAGGGACACUGAGCUGCAAGCACAUCGAGACGUCGGCCGCGCUGCACCACAACACGCGGGAGCUCUUCGAGGGAGCGGUGCGCCAGAUCCGGCUGCGGCGGGGCCCGAACCGCGCUGGGGGCCCGCAGCCCGAGUCGGGCAGGCCCGAGGGCCCCGCGCCGCCCACGCGCCGCGAGAGCCUCACCAAGAAGGCCAAGCGCUUCCUUGCCAACCUGGUGCCGCGCAACACCAAGUUCUUCAAGCAGCGCUCCAGGUCGUGUCACGACCUCUCCGUUCUCUGAGCCGCGGUCGCCAUGGUCACCGCGGUCGCCAUGGUCACCGCGCCCUCCGCUCGCCCCCUCGCCCCGCCCCGCCCCCGUCCGGCUUCCUCUGUGAAGACAGUCUAGGAAACCAGAAACUCCCGGGACGCCCCGGUGUGACUACGGGAGCCGGGCCCCCCGCCCCCGGACCCCGGCAGGCGUCGCCCCACCCGCUCCGCGCGCUCUCCGGUUACCUCCCGGCCUCGGGGCUCCUGGAAGGCGAGGACGCUGACCCGCGGGGGUCGUGCAGCGGCUGUUGGGCGGGGCGGCUUCCUGCGGGCGGGGAGGAAAGUAGUUCUGCGAGGUAUUUUGUUUUUUUGUUAAUUCACGCUUGACCACCUCUCCCGUAAAGAGAUGCUAAAAGCAAGAACUGGAAAAGUGCUUUGUAAACUCCUUUACAGUUUUCCACCUUUGUACUCAGCGCGAAUAUGCCUCAACUUUAAGAGAUCCUUAAAGGUAAAGACACGGAGCCGCUUCUUUGAGACUUUCCUAAAGCGUCCUGGCUCUGAUCUGCUACACUUGUGCACUUUGCCUUUAAGAAGUUCUUAAAGGCAAGGGCCUGGAAGCGCUGUUCUUCUGAAUUGAUUGUGAUUUACCACAGCACUUCCCCUUUAAGGUUAUUAAGGGGAAGGUGUGCAGAGACUUGCCUGAAGAGCUGAGCGGUGGCAACCCGCCUUUAGCCAGGUCCCAGGAGGCACCAGCAAGGCAGCCACCCUUCCCUUUUCAAUAAAGAAUUUUUCUACUGCA